AAAAAUAUUUUUAGAGUUUUGGUGUCGUUUUAUAUGUGCAGUUGGGGAUUGCUUGGUUCUGCUGUAACCCUUCCAGGAAUGAUGGCAGGACUGAAAUUUAGCUGUACGGCAUCAUAGUAGCUUCAUGUUCUUAAAAUUUUGAUUUUUGUGAUUAUACGUUGAUUAUUGAAUACGGGGUUCGAUUUGUUUCUUUAUUGAAGUGGAUUAGGAUAAUCAACUGUAUAACAAUGUAGUGCAUAAUCCAUAGGAGAACCUGCUCUCUUCUGAACUAAAACUCACAACUCACAAAUUCAUUCAACGAAGAACUCGACGAUGCACCAACAACAGAAUUGAGAUAUGAACUAUUACACAGUCAGACUGGGAAAUCCCAUUGAAGAGUUGAAAAGAAAGAUUCUGGUGGUUUUGAGUCUUUUGACAAAGAAAAUGUUUUACUUGGUUAAAGAGAAGCCUCAUGAUCAAGUUAACAACAAAAGGUUAUUAUGACUUACGAUUUGAUAGUGAUUAACUUUAUUUAUGUUGGUUUUAACAAGAGAUGAAAUAGACAGGAGGAAGGGGUUCAUUAAUGAGAAAACCAGGAAAUAGAGAAAAAGGAUAAAAUGUUGAUUAGAGAGAAAGUUGAUAGCCUUUUUGCACUGUAAGCUGAAGUAUGCUAAACUUUCGAGUGAUCAUUUAGUUUGAAACAACUUUAGAGUGUAGAACUUCAACGCCGCUUCUACAUAAAACAGGCUGAUGAGCCUAGCUCACUUUAUACAACAAUAAAAUAAAUGUAGCACUGUAUGGCUGUUUUUCCUAGACAUGUUUCCUUCACUGUAUAGUAGCUGAGUAUAAGCUUCUAACUGUCACUGUCACACAGUAAUUGAUUUUGUAAAUGGCAUAUAAUUUCAGUGCCACUAAGUUCAUGUCCUUGAUAAGUAUCGUAAAAUAGAGGCUUUUAAAGCCAAGUUUCAAGAGUAUUAAACUUUGUUAGUAUUUUGCACUGUUCUGUGAAGUGUUAAUGCAAUCUAUUUAUAGAUUACUAUGAAAAACCUGUAUUAAAACUCUUGGUCUGGAUUUCUAUUUGCAGUCUGCAUUUGAUGCAAGUUAUACCCUUUUUUGUUUGGACAGAAAGGCACUGAAAUCUUUUGAUUUUGGAACCUUUAGGCCAACAUGAAGGUCAGGUGGCUACAAAGUGGAUCGAGUUGGAUAUAUACACAGAUGGACAAUUAAAAAUUUGUGGAGUUGGCCAAUUUUCCAAUAUCGAUCCUAGUUAAUACCAUAAUAUUAACGGCACUUGCAUCGCGCGUGCGUCUUUGCUAGUAUUUUCUUGCGAAAAGUUGAGAGAAUCGAAUGGAGCGAUCUUUAAACCUAUUGGAUGAAACCCUAGUUCAUAUUCCUUCUUCCAAAGGGAGAGUUAUUCUGAUAGAAGAUCAAGUUGAGACUAGUGGAGCUUUUGUUCUUCAUCACCUCAUUAAGCGUUCUCUUUCCAUCGAAUCUUCUGAAGUCGUUAUCUUUGUUGCUCUUUCGAAGCCUUUCUCUCAUUACGACCGCAUCUUAAGAAAACUGGGAUGCAACUUGGUCGCACAGAGAGAAAAUGGUAAAUUCAUAUUCAUCGACAUGCUUAAGCUCGAAUGUCCAGAUGGAGAUGAAGGAAAUGGUGUUGGAGGUGGAUUGAUUGAUUUGUAUCGAAAAAUCCAGAAAUCCGUGGAAGUUAAUGCUUCGACUUCACCUGAACUAAAUAGAUGCAUAACCGUUAUGAUGGAUGAUUUAUCUCUUUUAGAAGUGGCUGCUAAAGGGUCUUCAACUUAUGUCUUGGAUUUUCUGCAUUACUGUCACACCUUAACUUCGGAAAAUGGUUGUUCUCUAGUUGUAUUGAAUCACAAUGACAUCUAUUCAAGCAAGACGGGCCCGACACUCAUUCUUCAGAUGGAAUACCUUGCGGACGUUGUGGUAAAUGCAGAGCCUUUGGUGACUGGUUUGGCUACGGAUGUCCAUGGACAGCUCACAGUUCUGAACAAGGGAGCUAUCGAUGAGCAUGGGGGUGUAAGAAGCAAGUUGCACAAUUUCCACUUUAAGGUUAAAGAAAACAGCGUCGAGUACUUUUACCCUGGGAGUCGGGCUUAAACAAUGGAGCAUGACAGUGCAUGUUAACAAUGUAAGGUUUUGGAGAUGAUCUGUUCUGUUUUUCAGUGCCAAAAUUUUCUUUGCAUUGAGUACUGUUUUGCAGCAAUUUCAAUUUAUUAUAUUGGGUUAUGUUGUCUUAGACUCUUAGCCGUUGCCCUGGGAACUGGAAUCACUUGAGUUGACUCUUGGGUAUCCGAGUAAAUUUUGUUAGGCUUCUGUCGGCCGUUUAGUGCAGUUCUCCAGCUAUUCCUACUGUUACCCUAAUGUGAAGAGGACCUAUGGAAAUUAUGUUUUAAAGCUAGGACUUGCUGCAACUAACAACAUGGCUAAACCCUAAGGAUUAUUUUAGACUGAUGCUAUAAAGAGGAUAUUGCUACUGUAAAAUCAAUUAACUGAUAUUUAGAUUUGUACAUUUUAUUCAUCUUCGAAACCUGCAUCCUUAUGAAAUGUAUAUAUUUUUGAAUUAUGGAGAUCUUAGUUUGUGUUCAA